GAUGUCCAGUGUGCGCUGCGAGGGGGGCCGCGCUCGUGCUUUCUGCGCUGCUCGUGCUCCCAGUAGGAACGAGGUUCCUUGGAAGCACGCGAAGAACGAAUAACAAUUCUCGGCGGGAGAGUUUUCAGGGGUUUGGUGCGAUUGACAAAAAGAUCUGUGGGUGAUGUGAAAAGCGCGGCCGUGUCAACGGCGGCGGCGUCGACGGUGUGGUGGUAGUGGCGACGGCGACGGUGACGGUGUUGGUAUCAGCUAGCGGGAGAUUUUGUGACGCGACGGUGGCGGUGACGGUGACGGCUACGGGUACGGAUACGGGUACGAAAAGGGUUGGCGUGGUGAAUUAAGGUGAAGUGUGGUGAAACGUGUUGGAGGUGAUUUUGUACGUGAAGAGGCGUAAAAGGCAUCGAAGGCAAGCCGGCGUCCCGCGUCGCGUGUGCUGAUUUUGUUUGAUCGGUCAACCAAGAGGCACGAGCAUGAGUCGCCAGGCCGCCUAGCGUAGUACGCGGCUACGGCCAGAGCGGCGGAAAAAUGGCGUCCGAUAACGAAGCCUCCUGCGUGAGUGACCCAAAUUUCGCGGUGAUUUGCUCGUUCCUGGAGUGUUUUGGAAAGUCUUGCGGGAUUGAGUAUCCGGACAUCGCGCUGCUGCAGGAGAUGCUCGAGAACGUGCAAGAAGUCCCACAGCCACUGGUAGAUCUUCACAUAAAAUUGUUGCGAAAAACACGGAAGACAGUUUCUCCAGAGAAGUGGGAGCGAGCUCUUGUCAAGUUUUGCCACACAUAUUCUAACCAGGAUGGUUGGGAACUGGAGCGUUUUGGAUAUAAGAAAGCUCGCAUUGGUGUUAAAUUGCGCCUACUUAAGGUUUUGUUGGAGGCGCAGUUUGACCUGAAUCAAAAGUUUAAAAAUGAAGUGAACAAAUUGGCAGCAGAGGAGCUGCGUGUGGAACCAUUAGGCCGAGACAAGUCUGGUCUGGCCUACUGGUGCCAGCUAGAUGAGGAAUGUAAUAUAAGAGUUUAUCGAGAAGACUUGGAUGAAGAAAAUUGGGAACUCGUUGCUAAGGACCGUGAAGGUGUGGUAAGCCUCAUAAGCACUUUGUCAAAUGGAGAAGCUGGAGCUAUACCUAUUAAUGAAGAUAGCAACAGCCUAGAGAUUUCAGAGAAGCCUAUAAUAGACACUGGUCAAGUAACAACAUCUCCAAGUCUAGAAGAGGAUUUACCGCAAGGUAAUGGAAUAAGCGAACAAGUAGAAGAAGAAGCGGAACGUGCUAAAGAGGAAAGCGAAGACGAAGACCUGGAAGACGAUCAGCAAGACGAAGAUCCUGAAAACGACUGUGACGAUGGAGAGGAUGAGGAAGACGACGAUGAUGAGGAUCUAACGAAUGAAGAAAGUUCCCAGCCAAAUACAGAGGAAGAUGAUUCCCAAGAGGCUCCUGAGAGUCAAAUAAUAGAGUCAAAGGAGACUAAAAUUUCGAUAGCGACAUCCGUAGUCGUUUCAAAGGCUCCAGAAGAGCAUUUGGAAAAGCUGUCAGGAAAACCAGCUGUUGAGGAGAACCCUCCUUCUCAGCAUGUAGAUGUUAUCGCUAGUACAGCAACAGUUGUAAAAUUUGCCGAGUUCGAGAAAAACUUACAGUGUCCUAAAAGUAGUACAAUUAAAUUGGAUGUGGGAGAUCCGACGCCUUUGAAAUCCAUCGAGACACCGGUUAUAAGAACGUCACCUUUAAAAUUGGUGAACAUCACCGAUUUAACGACACAGUUCGAAGAAAAGUAUAUGGAUUUAAAACCUCCAGUUAGUGCUUUAUUACCACCAACAAAGAAGCAAAUACUUAUGGAUGAUCCAUCCGACGCAUUGAAAUCCCUAGCAAAAAUGUCUAGCAAAAGUAAUCUUCCUUUUUCUUCAAUGGAGUCUACGAUGGUUGUACAUCCAAAAUUAUCCAUGAAACCAAUAGAUCAGCUUGCUGCAAACCUAGUGAAAAUGCAGACAGAAAAGUUAGAGAAGCCAAGUGGGGCUAAGUCGCUGGAAAAAAUUGCAGAGAAUUUAGCCAGAGCGAGCAGCAUAGUCGGAACAGUAUCAAACGUUGACGAAGACAGGAUGCCUCAGGAUUUCUGUGCAAGAGGUCCAGUAGAUAAACUGGUUGCCCAUAGAAGUCAUAGAGGUAUGGAUCUCUCGACUUCUCCUCGAGGAUGGGAAACUGCGAGUGACCUCAGCAGACCUGUAGAUUUCUCUGGGAUCGAUCUUUCUAGUCGAAAGCUUUCGAAACCUCCAGAUCUGCCUUUGGCGGGUUAUAGAUCUCAAGAUUUCCAACAUAGGGAAAUGGAUCUAAGCACAAGAAAGCCAUCUAAGCCUGAAAUCCCAACUUUACCGGCAUAUGAUGCUCGAGCCGUGAUGAUGCACAAUCACGCAAUGGUUACGGAUUUGAGCAAACGUCAAAUGUCAUUCACUGGGUAUGAAAUGGGAUCGACGUACCAUGCCUCCAGGAUAUCAAACAAAGAAGAGCACAGACUACCAAGCUACACAAUACUUCCGGAUCCGAGUAAAAUUACAGCAUUGAGGAUGGGUGGACCUGCACUAAAGCGAUCAUUAGACGCAGAGGACGCACAACAGGAUAUUUUGAAAAGAAUACGAGCUGAUGUAAUACCCAUCCGAGGCACUAUGGAUAAGCGAUCCUUACCCAGCAGCAAUUGGAGGGACGAAGUGGGUGAGGCAAUAGAAGAUCCAGUGAUGAAGGUUCAAGGUGAAGGAUCGGGCAGUGAUUGCGAUGCUGUCAAUCCUUUAUUUGGUGAAGCGAUAGAGGAACCAGUUAUGUUCUUUUACGGGGAGGGUUCUGGUCAGGAUUGCGACACAGGAAAUCCAGGAGAUGAAACGUCCACCGACAAUAAAGAAAGCAAUGAAUCAAAAAACGAAGCUUGUAGUUCCACGUCGACAAAUAUGUCUCAAAACAAAUUAUUGACUGAGUCUAGUAGCGCCCUAAACGAAGUAACCACAGAAUCCAUAGUGAAGAAUAAACCACCGAUAAAGAUAAAUAGAAAUUAUCAACCAACUAGCGUUAAUACCACGGAGAGUUCUGAAACGGUCGUUGAAACAUCUUUGUUGGAGAAACAAAAAUUCAAGCCAACGCUUGGCGUUCAAGUUUUUGCAAAAUCUGUAGGCGGUCCAGUUAAGAGAUUGUCAAGGUGGGACGUGGGAAGACCGGAUGAAAAAACAGAAUGUGACAGCAGCAUCAUAUCCAAUGAAGGAGACAUAUCAAUGAAAGGAAAUACGAAUGAAAUUCAAUGUCCAAACGAAGAAAAGGAAUCGACAGGUCAAAGUGUAACUGAAUCUACUACAGAGGGUGAAGCUAUAAUCAGUACGUCCAGUGAGGAUAGUAAAGCAUCUGUAGAUACUGUAAAUGCCAAUCUAUGCACUAACAUAACUGAACAGAGUGACGUUACGCAAUCCGAUACCUCUGGUGUAACAGAUACCAAAGGUAGAAGUUCCGCAGACUACGAUUCCACGCCGCAAGAAGAACCCACACACUGUGACUCAUCUAUGCCUUCUAGUAACGCAGGUGCAACGGAGGCAGUUAUUCAAAGAUCCUUAACAGAGACAUCUGUUGAAUCGUUGAUCAACGAACAUAUAACAGAAGAUGCAUUGGAUUCGACCAAAGCAACCUCUCAGAAAGCUGACGAUAUAAAUCCUGAGAAUGCGGAGAGUACCUCAAUGAGUCCAUCGCCUCCAAGAUUUUUUUUUGGUCCCAAUUGUAUUUCGUAUACAUCGAAAGCCGAUGAAUCGAAGUGUCAAGUUGGGGAAGAGGCCACUACUUCCGUCGAUGAGAAAGUAACAGAGUUGCCCAAAGUGGAAACUGAAGUAUUACCUGUUAAAAGCAUGGAGAAUACGACAGAGAACGAAACAGACAACCCUCCUCAACAUUUUAAUGUGUCGAAGAACAACAAUAAUCUACUGAAGGCAGUGGAGCCGCUUAGUUCAGAAACCUCUGGAAGAUUUGACAAUGCUGAAUUUGUGGAAAAUAAGAAGACUGAAGUGAAGGAAGAGGAAAACGAACAAUUGAUCUCUACUCAGUGUCAGUUAACGACUAAGACAUCCGAGGGCACUGAUGACGCUAUUAAAUCUAUGUUUGAAGCAUCAGGUGACGUGAAGCUCCCAGAUACAAAAAAAGAUCUAGCUGAAGAGUUGGAUUUGAAAAACAAUUCAAAAUCUGCAGAAUCAGAAGUGUCUGAUGAAUGUUUGGGUUCAUUCAGUGCUAGUAAGUUAUAUACUCCUGAUAACGAAGAUAAGUUGCUUAAAUCUAGUUCUGAUUCUGAAGAGGAUCAGAAUGCGCAGGUUGAAAAGAGUAGGUCUAUUGGGGAUUUGAAUGCUAGGUGUAAGCCAGUGAGCUCAGACAUUGAAUGUCAAGUUACUGAAACGAAAGAGGAGCAUUUAGAGGAAGUAUCCAAUACUGAAUCUCCAAAACCAAGCAAGGAAGAAGUUGUGAACGUUUCUGAAAUAGAUGUUGAAGAAGGUAAUUCGCAAGCUCCUUGCGAAGCGCUGACAGAGAAGCCUGAAGAUAGAAAAGAGCCUAUCGACACUACAGCUAUUAAGUCAACUGCACAAAAUUUAUCAACCGGGUUGUCCUGGUUAGGAGAAUCUGACAGUAGUAAUUCAGGUGGAACAUUUGAAUCAACGAGUUUACCACUUCAUAAGAAUUCAGAGAGAGAAAGUACAUCAGUAACUGAAAAAGACAGCCCGGAGAAUGUGAAAGGCAUUCUGGAAGAUUCAAAAAAAGAUACAGUGGAUUCUUCUUUUGAAUAUGAAAAAAGUAAUGUUUUAUCGGAUCUGGAUGCUCAGGAUGAUCAGUCCGGAGAUACUGAUGCUGAUAAAUUGAAAGGACUUGCUGGCUCUGAUGCAGAUUCGAUUUCCGCAAGUUAUGACAAAAACAGCGAGAGGAACGAUACAUUCUCGGAUUUAGGUACUCAAGACGAUCGCUCCAGGGAUUCGGAUGAAGAAAAGCAGAAAGACUUAAUAGAUUCUGGCCUGAGUCCAGAAUCUCCAGAGAAAGAAUCAUACACUGAAUUACUUGAAGAAUCCAAUAUUGUGGAUGAUAAACCUACUCCUCAAGUAGACGUUAAGGAACUCCCUGCAUUUAUGUCAAAUAAAUCAGACUCAGUCGAAUUAGUACAGGAUGAUCCGAGUGUAAAAAGUGUUAAUGACUCUUUAUUAGGUGAACAAGGUGUUAACAAAGCACCCGUCAAAGAGAUUUAUACUAACAAAGUAUCACCAGCUGUCAUCAUGGACUCGAAUAUUUCCAAAUCACCAGAACGAAUUACAAUUGAAAGUAAGAAAGAAGCAGAUUCCUCCGGGUUAAUAGAUUCUAUAGACGAGUAUGGUGAUGAUGUGAUGGAUAAUAGAAGCUCAGCGGAUCAGGAUUCUAACGAAGCAAUGGUUAUUGAUGAUAGGCUCUCUGAUUCGAAUGAUUCUUACAAAGACGUUGGUACUGAUGAUUCCACAUCGAACAACGAAAAGAAAACACUUGACUUCAAAGAUAAAUUACCGACGCAGGAUACAUUGCAAAAGGACAAGUCUGGUUGGUCUGAGGAUAAUGACAAUUGUAGACGGUCUGACUCCUUUUUCAGAUCAUUUCCUACUGAUAGCGAAGGUGCGAGCUUAGCCUCUGGUGUUGCUAAUGUCGUACAGACAGUUACUCACGUGUCCGUUGCAGAUGAGAGUACAAAAGAUAGCGAAAGUACUUUUGAGAAGAGUGACGAAAAAGAUGGAAAUCGGUUAAUCAAGUGCAACUUCAUUACUGAACAUAGCUCUUCAGCAUCUUUUGAAUGCAACGACUCUGCUGCACAGGGUAAAGUGGAAUCAACUGCUAGUAGUUUUAACAUUAAUCUGAAGAAAACAAAUGAGUCUGAGACUGUAGAUACAACUGAACAUCAUGACAUAGUGCAAGACAUUCAAAGCAAUGCGGAAGCUGCUACAGUAGAGAAGGGAAAUGAUUUCGACAAAGAUUCCAUCGAAGUCGAGAGUCAGGAUGCUGAUAAUGAGCAAUCUCUAGUUGCGGAUUACGACAGUAAUGCUUCCGAUGAUGAUGGUAGUGAUGAUGUGUUUGAGACCGAUAAUACAGAGAAGGAUCAAAUUGAUACUGAUAGUCCGAAAGAAGAUAAAAGUAUUCUCAGAUUGGAAGAUGUCUCUAGGCAGAAGCUCGAAAUUGUGAAUGAGAAAUCUCAGGGUGAGGAUCAGAAAUCGGAAGUUUCUGAGCACUCGUUAAUUGAACCCAGCAGUAGAGAAAGAAAAGAAGAACCACUUGUCUUAGAAACUAUCUUGAACAAAGAAGGAGUACAGAACAAAGAGACUGAAAUUAAAAAUAACCAGAUCCCUGCGCUAGCUAUUGAAAAGGAAGACUUUCAAGAAGAGGAUGAAAAAUCAUUUUGUAAAAUUAAUGAAACAACUCAGGGGGAAGAUGAAGAAGAUUCUUCCAUUGUGACUAGUAGUGCAGAUAGUCUAGAGAAGGUGACCGUUUCCGCGGAUGCCACAGCAAUAGAUCCAACUAAAGACGAAUCUUUUGAUAAAAGUUCAGACAAAGAGUAUCCAGAAAAUUUAGUGUCGAAACCUCAGGAACGCGAUUUGGAAUCAAAAGUUCAACAAGAAGCUAAGGACGAGCCUUUUGUGAUUGAAUCGGCAUCGGAAAUAGUGAAGGAAGAUAGUAAAAACAUAGAAUCCAUCAAAGAAGAAGAAGAAAAACCACUUAUAGAAGACCUAAGUACCACAGAGCAAAGCUCUCUUUUAGAAAAUAUUAAACCCUUAAAACCAGCUCCUGAGGACUCUGAAGACUUUGAGGGAAAAGAGUCUCCAAAAGUUGAAGAAAGCUCCCCGUCGUUAAAUGCAGUUAACAAAAAUAAAGCAACGACAGAAUCAACAAAGCGACCGAUAGAUUCAGAUGAAGAAGAAAGCAGUAAAAAUGAGAAAUUGGUAUCGACAUACAAUGCAGAAGACACUGCAAAGACAGAUAACAAAGGAUUCUUCGAGGACGAGGAGCCUAUUAUUCAACCUUCCAAGAGAUUGAAAGAGGAUACCGGUGAAAUUACAUUUAACGAUAAGAAACUGGGAGUGGAAGCGGUUAACCAGUUUGCAGAAAAACUUCAACAAAAAGAACCCACCAUUGAAUUGGAUACUUCAUUAAACCAUUCAAUGAGUUCCAUUCCAUUGGUAUCGCAGAGUAUCAUUGAAGAUCCCAGUAAAUUACAAUCUGGUGAAAAAGACAUAAGUAUUAGAAGUCAGCAAGAACCUUGUAAGCCAUUAGCAGUUGCUCAACAGGCUUCUGACAACAUUUCAAUGGAGCAAGAAGAAAAAUUGGAAGGGUUCCAUGAAGACAAGAUCAAAGAAGGUGCAUCCAAUCUGAUGACAAGAGAUGUUAAAUCGUUAUUGAUGGAACAUCCGUCUGUGAUAAUAGAUAACAGUGCGAAAGUUGCUAUUGUGCAAGAAAUGAUAACUGCACAACCGACUCACGUAAUCAAGGAUGAUAACAGAAAAGAGGCGAGUAAAAGACUAGGUGAUAUCUCAACCGUUGACGAUUUACCGCCAUUUAAAUCAAAACCAUCAAGUAUAAGUCCAACAAUCGAGAACACACCAGCUAGUUUAAGAGACACUAGCUUGUCCUUUACAAACAGAGGAUUUGGUGUAUCAAAUGAGUUUGUGAAAAUCCCCACAGAGGGUAGUGUUGCUGAAACAAUCAGUUCUCAAGUACUGGAAACUGGAAAAAUGAAAACCGACGUGUACGGUAAGGUUCCUGCAGAAGCUGUUUCUCUGGAGAAGAGUAAUGCUGAUACCAAGAAGGAUUCUUCCGAGGUUCAAAGUAUUGACGUUAAGGAUGUUGAUAUGGAAUCUGACGAUUCCAUGGGAGUUGACAAUGACGAGAACGUGUUCAAUGAAGUUUCUGAGGAUGCAGAUCCUCUUGCCUGCACAGAAGGCAACGUAACAGGUAAAACAGGUGACCCUGAACUUAGUCCCAAAAUUGGUAUACGUGUAAAGUCAGUCUCUGAACUUGUAUAUGAAGGUUGGAAGCUGGAUGGUACUGAGACACCCAAAGUUUCCCGGAAGCGACGUAACAGUACGCACGAGUCAAACUCAGAGGACGUCACCAUGAAGCAGGAUGCCGAUGAAGAGGAGAUGAUGGGCGGGAAGCGUAUAAAGCUAAGAGGGAAACGUUUGCCAGAUAUGAGGCUACGAAAAUCUGUGGAGGACAGUCGAGUGGGUCCAGCUAGUUCAGAGGAUGAAGCUGUGAAGAGCACGUCUUUGGAUAUAGUGGAGGAAGAUACCAAAGAGACCAAUGAAGAUGCCACGGCUGCUGACAUUUCUGCGGCUGAGAAGAAAACACGAGGAAGACCUAAAGGAAGAAGGAGACGGGGUCUUAAAUCAGGAAGUCGAGCCUUAAGGGCAAAGGCUACUGACCGUACGCCUUCUGCUUCGGAAACUCCUGAGCUUGCUCCUGAUAGUACACCCAUUAGUGACGCUGCGAUGGAGACACCGACAGGUGCACAGAAGAAAAGGAAAAAGCGAAAAAUGGUGCUAGGUUUAGAAAUUGGUAGAGAUAUUGUAGUACCAGAUGCGUCGGGUGGCUUGGGACCAAACGAGCCGCCUGUCAGACAGUCAAGACGAAUAGCACAGUUGAAGAUUAAGGAGGAAGCCGACAGAAGAAGAAUCGAAGAAGAAACUUUGAGCGAAUUAAAGGAAAAGAAGGAUCGCGACAGCACUGAGAAAAAGAAACGCAAGAAACAGAAGGCUGAAAGCGACGAGGAUAUUGUAGUAAAAGAUAUUGAGAGGGAAUCGAAGAUAAAGAAGAAAUGGAAGAAGAAAAAAAAGAAGAAAAUGGCUUCGAAAUUUAACGAGGCUCAUCCGUGGCAGACCUCGUCCGGUUCUAGUAGUGACGAAGAUGAUGACAAUGAUGAUGACGAUGACGAAGAUGAGGAAAUAGAAAGUGAAGGAUCGUUACUAUUCAAGAGUGAUCAUGAAUUUUCACCAGAGAGUGAUCUUGAAAAGGAUGAGGAAUCAGAACCGUUACGAAGAGCUCGCACGGCUCAGAAAGCCCAAAGCGAUGACGAGGAAGCCGAUGACGAGUAUGCGUGUCAAAAAUGUGGAAAAGCUGAUCAUCCUGAAUGGAUACUCUUGUGCGAUACCUGCGAUAAGGGUUGGCAUUGCUCCUGCUUGAGGCCAGCACUUAUGCUUAUUCCUGAAGGCGACUGGUUCUGUCCACCUUGUCAGCACAAUUUACUGGUAACGAAACUGCAAGAGAGCUUAAAGAAAUUCGAUCAGACGACGAAACGACACGAGAAUGAAAUAUUGCGUAAAAAGAGGCUAGCGUUCGUUGGUAUAAGUUUGGAUAACGUGCUCCAUAAAAGUGAAGCUCAACGGAGUCACAAAGAAUCCCGAACAUCCAGUCAGGAAUCCGACAAUGAUUCCUCGUCCUCCUCGUCUGUAUCAAGCUCUGGUAGUUCAAGUAGCGGGGAAAGUGAACCUGUAUAUCAGUUGCGAGAAAGGCGUUGUGCAAAUACGUACAAAUUUAAUGAAUAUGACGAUAUGAUAAACGCUGCUAUUCAAGAUGAGGUGGAGGCCGUUCAAGGUGCUGGAAAUCAAGGAAGAGGAAAAGAUAUUGCAACUAUUGUAAAUGCAGAGAAAGAGGAGGCUCAGGCGGAAGCGCUAAAGAAGAAGCAGCUUGAGGAUGAGGAAGAAGAAUCGAAGAGAAAGUCGGAAAAGGAUAGCGACGAAGAUUACAAAGCGGAGAAGGACGAUGACUUCGAUGAGGAAGAGGAGGAAGAACGGAAAAUGACUGCUAGGAAAUUAUUGGCGCGCAAGAAGCAUCGCAAAUUGAAUAGUCUAGACAUUAGUAGUGAAGACGAUCCUGAAAGUGAUGUAGACUUCAAGGGCUCGAGUUCGGAUGAUGAUGAAGAUCUUGAAGACCAGUCUACGUCAUCCGACGAUAGUUGCUUUGCUGAAACGAGAAGACGUGGCAAGAAAGGAGAUUCUCGUCCUGUAAGGAGAUCUACCAGAGCCAGAAUGACACGUUACGACGAAGACUUCAUUAAUGAUGACAGUGACGACAGUGAUAGACCAAAGCGGAAGAAGUCUAAAUCCGCAUGGGAUGAAUCUGAAAGUGAAGAUAGCGACAAUUCGUGGAGACAGAAAAAGAAAAAGAGUAAAACCAUUCAACCAUCUAGAAUCAGGACUUUAUCGAAAACAAAGUCGAAAAAGAAGAAAAAGAGGAAGCGCAUAAUUGAGUCUGAUAAUCACAGUGAAAAUGAUGAAGAGGAUGAACCAAAAAUGGAGGAUCCUGAAGAAUCGGAAGAACUGGAGGUUCCGUCGCAAUUAGAUAUUGAACCAGGAUAUGAACCUAAAGAUAAUGAAGCUACCACUAUCGAGGAACAUAAAACAGAAGACGAAAAACCUCCUUUAGAGCCUUCCGGUGAAGCUGUUGCACCGUUCUUUGAAGAAGAAAAGCCUAAAAAGAAGAAAAAGGAAAAUACACCGAAACAAAAGAAAGUGCCAGCCAUUAGGCGAAAGAUCAUUUAUGGUGGUCUCCCAGAUGACAGUCCAAGACAAGAAGAGGAAACCCUAAGUAGACGAACGCGAGGUCGAAAGAUAAAUUACCAGGAGGUGCUGGCAUCGGAUAGCGAAGAGGAAUUAAAGAAAGCCCUAAGGAAAACCGAGGAAAGUGAAGACGAGUUCGUCGUUAAUGAGGCAGAAGACCUGAAUGAGGAUGCCGAAAAAGAUUCAGAUUCGGGAGACAUAUAUUCUCCGAAAAAAGAAUCAUUGAAGCCUAAAAACAAGUCACCGAAAACAAAGAGACCGAAAGGCAGUAAAAGUCCUGCUACAAAGGGAAAAGGGAUGAGCGAGGACGAGCCUCCGAAGCAGAGGAAGAAGCCGGGGCCAAAGCCUGGAAGUAAGAACAAGCCACGGCAACCAAAAUUGACGAUCAUGCCUUUAAUGAAUCCAAAGGGCGAAGAUGAUGGCGUAAGAAUGAUGGGCGCUGAUAAAAUUGGAAAUACAGAUGAAGGGGUGGCGGCCAAGGUUGAUGAAGCCGUCCGAGAAGGAAUUCCAGUAGCAGGUACGGUAAUGUCUGGAGCGGGUCCAAUCGCGGGGGAAGUCGCCGAGGGUUCCCUGACGGGGCUUGGACCCGGGGAACUAGAGGAGCUUGACGAAGAGCAGCUGGAGCAGAUGAUGAUGGAAGACGAGGAGUACGGUAGGCGCCAGUUGGAAUUGGCGGCGAUUGAGAUAGCGAAAAAGAAAAAGAAGGAGGAAAGAGAGGCUAAGAAAUUAGAGAAAGCUCGAUUAAAGGCCCUCGAGAUUUUAGCGGCCGAAAGACAAAGGGAUCCAAAUGCACCGGAGGGGACCGACGGAGAGGCUCCAAAAAAGAAAAAACGAGGUCGCCGCAGCAAGGCGGAAAUACUCGCCGAGCAAAUGCGGAGAGACGGUGCUCCCAAUUUGGGACCUACUGCUUUAGGCUCUACCAUAUCUCCUAAUAUAACUCCAAGUAUGACGCCUAAUAUGACUCCUAACAUAAAUCCUAACUUACCUGCAGUUAUGACUCCUGAAACGGAGAGGACAACGGAAGGGCAUAUUCCUAUCAUGACUGGACCAGACGGGCAGCUAUUCAAUCCUGAUGGAUCACCAAUGAAACCCAAGAGAAGAGGGCGUGGCAAGGGUAAGAAAACUCUUGCACUGGAAGCUGCUCGAGCUGCAGAAGCAGCGGCGAAGGCUGCAGCCGAGGGUGGUCUCAUUGGAAUGGGAACCGAUUCUAAUUCAGAAGCAAAACCUGAUGAUAUCCCAAACGUACUUCCUACUCCAGGUAGCAGUACCUCUGGUUCGGCACCCUCAACACCGCCAGCGAAUGUCGUGCCAACGCAGGGACAGCCUUCGGGUCAGCCAACCAAUCCUCAGCCGGUCUACCCAUCAUUGCCACCUAGUCAACAGUCUUCCGUUAUCACGAGAAUGCUGCAAUCGCAGCCAGUUUCCAGCAGCCCACAAUCCUUCACGGCUGCGGCAGCUGCGAUGGGCCACAAAUACUUUGGCGCACCGAAUGCGGCAGGUCAGAUGAUGGGAGGACCACGUUCCAGUUACGACAUGCAACCCCGCGGUAGGAUUCCUUCGCCAUACCGGCAACCAGGUCAAUCCCCAAUGCCCCCGCACUUCGCGGCUGUAAGGUCAGGGACCCCGCCUAUGAGGAUGAGGGUACCUGGACCACAGAUGUAUCACACUCCUCAUCAUCCCAUGGAUCCGUCGCCUUCGGGAGGUGGACCCAUAUCCAUCAACAGUCGGGAUCGUAGCUCUCCCCUGGGUCCAGGUCCAGCUAUGAUUCCACCUGCUGCUGGAAGUCCCCUCGCCAAGGGCGGACCCACUCCCCCGCCGCCACCUUACGUAAGAGGCGGUCCUCCACUCGCAAGAUUCCCGGACAACAGUCCUAUGGGUCCCAGACAUCAGAUACCUCCUUUCUCUAGCGCUUCACCAGCUAAUCAUAGUAUACAGCAAGCUUCUCCACCACCAAAUCGGCCACCUGGUAAUUUCUCGCCUUAUCAUCCACCUCCACCACCAAACUAUCAUUACGGUGCUUAUCCUCCUCCGCCGCCAAUGUCCACGGCGGAUGAUGCGGCGGCUUAUCAAGGCUCUCCCUAUCCAGCUGAACACUUUUCGACACCUGCCGAAAAUCCAGCUCCCAUACAAGCGCCACCACCUCCUCAGCCUCAGCCUCCUCAGCCACAACCGCAUCCUAGUGAAGCUGCUAAUAGCAACAAACAGUACGAUGAAGAGGGCUCGGGUGAAUUCGGUGGUUUGGUCUCGUACUUUAGCAGCCAGAGGGAAGAUGACCUCGACUCGUAGCAUGAGGGAGAUCUUGGCCAACCCUGAAUCGCUAGAUAGAACUCACCACUUUUUGUAAUGUAAAGGCAAAUCGUAACCUUUUGCUUGAAGAAUGCACGGAUUGAUCGCAUGUAGUUGAAGAUAGUGAAUUUAUAUGGUAAUUUUCUUGGGACGUAGGCAUGAACUUUUUUUUUUCACAUAGUUGAUGUGGAGCUUUAUCAGGGGAAUAGAUAUAUUUGCUGAUUUCUUAUCUGCACAUUCUACAAUUCUUAGCAGAAUGUGCAGAUAACACCAAUCAGCUUGAGUCUCUGUGCUCUUAAGCAGAAAGUUAUGUACAACCUUCGCCUUUACAAUGAAAAGCCACCAGAAGGUAGAAAUUCAAGGUUGGCCAAGUAAAUGGUGUUGGUAGUGCAACAUAUAUAUUUCGUAACUAAAUUCUUCUUAUAGUUUGGUUUAUAUAUUGGGAAAAUCGCAUAAACCAAGGAGGUAUACAGUGAAGUAGCAACUAAUUGAAAAAUAAAACGAAAGAAUAGGUGAGAGUAAUGCUAUGACGACUAAAAAAAUUAAAAAUACAGAUCUGAGACAUGUUUUAUCAUUAUGACCGUUUGGUGUACGUGCGAACGGUAUAUUCAAAGUUACUUCCAAGUCCAUUAUUAGUGGUUGUAGAACACUUUUUCCAGACGAUACCUUUAUUUAAAAAGAAUCGGUUGUAGUGCUAAUGGGAAAAAAAGUAUAUUGACAAAAUCGGCUCAGGUGCCGUUGUUAUAUGUAUAUAUGUAAAUACAGUAAGUCCUUUAGAGUAUACUACAUGUACUAUAUGCAUAGUCAAGCAAAAUACCAUAAAAUGAGUUAGUGCAAAGGGCACAAAUGUAAUAUUUAAAUUAAAUUUGAAAGGAAUGGUAUCUGAUUAUAAUAAAUUAACAAAAAAAUGGUGUGAAGACUACUACUAUAAUUAUUUAUAAAGAAAAGAUUAAGAAUUUAUAAUAGGCAGUAUAUUGUAUUUUACAAAUUUUACUUGAUAAUUAUACGAGAAAAAAAAAUUAUUAAAUAUAUAAUUAUAGUACGUCGAAGAAUAUGAUGCUGUCAUGUAACAAAAUGGAAAAGCUCUUUCUUUAUCUUUCUUUCUUUUUUUUUUUUAUUUCGUUCUUUUUUCUGCUAAUGUGGACACAAUGUAAUUAUAAUUCUGACUUGAAAGAUUAUUCAAAUAGUGCGCGGCCGAAUCAAAUUUUACAAGAAGGAAAUCGUAAAUUAUUUUGUUUGUCGCUAUGUCGGUAUCGGGUCCGGGAUGAUAUAAGAGGCAAUUCGAUUUAACGUUACAAAAAAAGAAAGAAAAAUAAAAACGCGUUAAUCGCAUUUCAACAGAAAAUCCCUGAAUGAUUACUGUCAAGCGUAUUACACGGAAUCAUUCAUUAGUUUUCGAGCGUGGAAAUAUUGUCACAACUUGCAUUCGACAGCCCCAUGUUCCUUGACUUUGAAUAUGCCGCUAGUGGCGCUGCGCAGCAGAAAUCAUGUAUCUGUUUAGUUAUCACACGUACGUGCAUACCUAAUAUAAAUAGAAGUUAUAUAAAUAAACAAAAAGAUAUUACAUUAUCUUAGGAUUAGCUGCUUGGGAUAGUUUCCUUUACUUCUAAAACGUUUACCACGACAGAACGUUUACACAAACAAUGUAAUCGAGGGUUUACGAUCGCUAAAUCGCUAAUUUUAUUAUUUUUACACUUAAACAAUGUAUUUUGAUUGUAUGUAGUUUUGCUGUACAAUCUGUCUUUUCUUUUUCUCUCUUUCGUUUCUUUUAUAUUUUCCUCCUCUAACGUCAGUCUUGUGACACAUUUUCGAGUCGUUCAUUAUUGAAUCGCACUUCAAGGAAUGCUGUACUUUACUCCGAAGGACGAUAAUUUUUUUUUUACUUUAUAUUAAUUAAUAACUGUAUCUUUAAUGCCUUACGUUUAAAAUGAUUUUUUUUAAUAGUAUCACAAUCAAUAAGCUUUUCGGUUCCAUCAGCUAAGCUAAUGGAUGAAAAAGUAUAAUGAUAUUCGAUGCAACAACACGGGGAAUCAAUGCGUCUUCGAUAAGCCAAAUGAUUACUUCAUUGAUCAGAGAUUCAUUUUUCAUUGUUAUCCGUUCAGAGGUAACUGAUUGUGCAAUUUAUAUUUGACUUCUGAACGCAUAACGAGAAUAUUUCGAGUUCAUCGUUGUGUUGCAUUUAUCACGAGAGUAACAAACUCCUUGAAGUGUAGAAAGAUAAACGUGUUGUCUUGCUGAGGCAAUAGAAAAUGUGGUGCAGUAAAGCUUUUGUUUUCAUAAGGGUCUAGACCAAAUGUCAUUAUAUUACAUGUUGUAGCCUAAACACAGACAUUUUGUAAUAAAAUUCAAUAUAUUGAAAUAGUACUGUGAA